CACCACACGGGGCCCGCGCCGCGCGCGCUGCCGCGUUUGGGCUGAGCCGCUCGCCGUACCCGGGCGGCCGCCUCCCGCGCAUGCGGGCUGCCGGGGCCGCAGAGGGGAGGGCGCCCGGCCGGCGGGGCGGAAGGACGUUGGUGGGCCCGCGCUGAGGAAAUAUCACCAUGUCGUCUGCAUUGUUGCCUAAGCCACAAAUGCGUCGCCUGUUGGCCAGGCGGAUGAAGUUUCACCUGUUUGGGGCAUUCUUUGUGUCUGUGGGAUGUGCAGCUUUAUACAAGUUUGGAGUUGCUGAACCCCGAAAGCGAGCUUAUGCGGAGUUCUAUAAAAACUAUGACCCCAUGAAGGACUUUGAAGCCAUGAGAGCAGCUGGUGUGUUUGAGUCUGCACCACCCAAAUGAUGAUCCCCUCCAGUCUAAGGAGACUUGAUGACCGAACCUUAUUUGUUCAGUGAAUGGUAAAGUGUAACGCACUUCGGUGCAUGGCAUGCUCUAAUGUAACUCAAUAAAUAAAAUACAUAUGUCAGUGGC